AUGGUGCCAGCGAAAGUGGUACGGGCCCCAGGCCGGGUCGACAAUGACUCGUUCACCACGGUGAUGAUCCGCCGGUUGCCUGUGGAAAUGACGCCCACCAAGCUCGUUGCCAUGAUGGACAUGGUGGUCCCAGGCAAGUUCGAUUUCAUCUACAUGCCGUAUGAUCGCCGCAAGAAUGUCAACAUCUCCCUUGCCUUCAUCAACCUCACGGACAGUAGCAGCGCCAAGGAGCUGUGCGACUACAUCAACAAUCUCAAUGCUUGUAGGCAAUGGAGCUUGGUGGCUUGCGAAAGCAGCGUGCAGAGCCUCAGCUUCAACAUGGCCUACUACGUCGCGCGCUUCGGCCGGGGCGCCAUUUACCAGCCGCACGCACCAUGGGUCUUCAAGGACCGAAAGCGUGUGACGAGGUCUGAACUCUCCAAAUUCUAUGAAUCCAUACCUCAAUGGGUGUACGAGGAGGCACAGAACUUCGUGCGGGCUGAGAAGGCUGACAACAGCAGCAAAGGCGUCCGUCGGCGCGCCAGAGGCCUCGUGUGGAAGCCAAGCUUUUUGAGCUCAAGCGGAGAAGAAGGUGUGGGGCCGGGUGAGUGUGAUUCUGCUCGUGAGACACCCUUGCCCAGCAUCAGGGAUCACAUCAUCGUGCGCUGUCACCCUGACUUGCUUCUCCAUAACGGCUUGGCUGAGCAGCUUCUUGUGGAGCACGGCGAGCUCCUCAUCAGCUGCUGA